AUGGACAAUCGGGGACCGCCCCCUCCAGAUGGAGAUGUUAAUAAGGGUAUUAUGCUCAAUGCAAUAACGUGGUCUGAAUGCGGUCUUGCGCUCGUUUUGGUCCUGGCAAGAAUCUUCACCAAAACUCGACUAAUGAAUCGUUGGGGGUGGGAUGAUGCGUUUAUGUGUCUCGCUAUGGUUUGCGCGCUGAUAAACACAAUUUUUGUAACUGUAUGUGUCUAUUAUGGCACUGGCCGACAUGUUUACUAUUUAGACGAGCACCAAAAGUUUCAAGCGAACAAGUUCAACUGGAUCUCUCAGGGUUUUCACGUCAUGUCGACAAACUGGGGCAAGGUCUCCGUUGCGCUUUUCCUGCUUCGAAUCGUCGAUAGAGCGAAACAGACUAGAUACAUCUUCUUCACAGGCAUGGUCAUGCUGACAUUGGUCAACUCUGUUUGCGUCUUCACUAUUUACGGCCAAUGUACUCCAACCUCAGCACUUUGGAAAGGAAUUGGUCCAGGAAAGCCAGGGAAAUGUUGGCAUCCCCAUGUUCAGAGGGACUAUGCUUUUUUCCAGGGAUCAUUCUCCGCAGCGUCCGAUUUAGUUCUCGCUCUAUAUCCUGUGUUCAUUAUCUGGAACCUCCAAAUGACCCGAAAGCUGAAAGUAGGUUUGACAUGUGUCCUCGCCUUGGGGGUUAUCGCCACGGCCGCUGCAGUGGUUAAAACAAUAUUCCUAGCCGAACUCGCCGCCCGCGAAGACUACACUUUCGAAACGAUAAACCUAACAACGUGGAUCUCAACAGAGCAAUAUCUAAUUAUUAUCGCUGCCUGCAUCCCGACCCUGGGGCCCCUUUUCACCGCCGCUUCUGGGCGCAAACCCAUAGGGAAAAGCAGCGGUUAUACACCCGGCUACAAACCCUCCAGCUUUAACAGACGCUACGUACACCACGGGUCGAACGGCAGAGGUGCGAAUGGUGCUGGUUACAGAAAGCGUAGAGGAGAUGACUUGCUCACGUACACCAUGGAUGAAUUGACGACGACAACAGAUCUCUGGACGCGGUCAUCUCCUAAUGGCCGGAAGAGCGAUGGCGAGAGUGAAGAGGCUAUUAUUAAACCUCACGACGAUGAAACUAUGGAUGGUGAUGGAAGUCGUGGUAUUAGUCGUCGUGGUGAUGGAGGCGGGCAACAACAGAACACUGAGGGGAUUGUAAAGACGAUGGAGGUGCAUGUCAAAUCUGACCGUCCGCGGGAUAUGAAGAGGGAUGCGCCGCAUGCGAUUACUCGGGAGAAUAAAGGGUUUUCACCGUGGGAACCUAGGGGGCCUGCAUGA